AUGACGCCUGCAACGCCGACGAGGAGAUCGUCUCGCAAGAGUUCUGCCUCUGCUGCUCCGCGGGCAGUGUCGACCGCUUCGCCUGCAAUCAAGGCCGAAAUGGAAGAUAUCGAGUUCCCGCCCACUCCGAGUUCUACGGGGGAUUCGCCAGCCAGGGGCAAGCGCAAGCGCGCAGUCAAAGACGAAACUGCUGAGAUUGGCGAUCUUCUCUCCACAUCCUCCGUCAAGAAAGAAGAAGUGGACGACAAGAGCAUCCUAGCCCAAGAAGCCCCCGCUUCGCCGAGCAAGAAACAGACCACCUCGGAACGCAAGCUGGCGUCGUACAAGACAUCGAUCAUGGGCUCACCGUUUCCGGACCACCCACUGCCCACCGCAGCCGAAGCCGAGCGGGUAGCGUGGAUCCUGGGCGAGUUCCACGGCUACAAGCGCGAGUCGGACGGAGGGCGUGGGUUGCCCAAGUACACGACGCCCAAGGGAGAAGAACGCUACGGCGGGUGCGGAGAUGUCCCCUCUGUGCUCGAUGCGGUCGUGCGCACCGUGUUGAGCUGCAACACGUCCAAUCGCAAUUCUGCCGCCGCCCACCGCUCGCUCACGGAGCACUUUGGGCGUGCGAACUGGGAAGCGAUCCACGCAGCGCCCGAGUCCGAACUCGUCGAAGCGAUCCGCUGCGGCGGUCUAGCAAACAACAAAGCGCGCACCAUCAAGGGCAUCCUCGCCCAGACGCAGGAGAGACACGGCAAGCUCUCGCUCGACCACCUGCACACCGCUACGGACGACGAGAUCAUGCAGGAGCUCGUCGGCUUCAACGGCGUCGGCCCCAAAGUCGCCAGCUGCGUGAUGGCGUUCUGUAUUGGUAGGGAGAGCAUGGCGGUCGACACACACGUUUUCAGGCUCUGCAAGGCGCUAGGCUGGGUGCCGGAGAAGGCGAACCGCGACCAGACGUAUUACCAUCUGCAUGAGCGCGUGCCGGGGCAUCUGAAGUACCCGCUGCACGUGCUGUUGAUCCAGCAUGGCAAGCGGUGCGCGAACUGCUCGGCCAAGGGGUUUGCUACCGUGAAGGAGGAGAAGGGCAGCGAUGACGAUGAGGCAGGGGAGGUUAGGGAUAGGCCGUGUCCGUUGAAAGCGAACGGGCUGCUGGGUCGGAAAGGUAAAGCGUUGAAGGAUGCUGCUGCUGGGGCUACCACCAAUGCUCGUGCUGGCGGAGUGAAGGUGGACAAGCGAGACCCGGACUCAGACGCCGCCCCUGCAGCUUCUCCCUCGAAGAAACCCAAAUCUAGCAGUUCCGAUAUCGACUACGCAGCCGCGCUCCGUACCGCCCUCGCCUCGUCCUCCAACGACCUGCUCAAGAUGCUGCAAAAAGCACGUUCUACGCGCUCGCGCAACCCCAUCUCGGUACACCUCGAUUCGGCCAACUUCUCACUCGAACUCGUCGACGGUGCACAGCUCUCGUCCGAACAGCGCAAACGCAUCUUCUCGCUGUUCGAAACCAACAUGAAGAGCAUGUAUCGCAACUCGACGCUGGGCUGGAAACCGACAUCCAAGAAACGGGAGUUGUUUGACGAGUCGUCGCGCUUUGCCAUCCUGCGCCGGCCUGCGGAGGAAGGUGCGGAAAUCGCAGCGUUCGCCAUGUUCCGGUUCGACACGGAGCCGUGUUCCCCCUCGGACGCGACGGCGCGUGAGGGCGAGAAGGAGGUCGAGGUGGUGUAUCUGUACGAGAUCCAGGUGCGCAAGGAGAACCAGCGCGACGGGUUGGGCAAGGAGCUGAUGGAUGUUGUGUUCCAGUUGGGCCAGCAGGUGGGAAUGAGGAAGAUGAUGCUGACUGUGUUUGAUGAGAACACGGCGGCGCGGCGUUUCUAUGAGAAGAUGGGGUACGCUGUGGACCCGGCCAGUCCGAGUCUGGACGAGGCCAGGAAGGACAGCGUUGAUUUCGAGACCAUGUUCAAGCGCUUGUAG